AUGGAAGUUUCUCGAAACCAGACGCCAUCUAAUAGAACCAUGGAAGAGGGCAACUACAGCUCUGCCUUUUCCCACUUUGAGUCCUGUCAGCCCUCAUCGGCAGUCCUGUUCUUAUUCCUCAUAGCCUAUGCCGCGGUCUUGAUCCUGGGCCUUCUAGGAAACCUCUCUCUCAUCAUCAUCAUCGUGAAGAAGCAGAGGGAAGCUCAGAGUGUCACCAACAUACUGAUCGCCAAUCUGUCCCUCUCUGACAUCUUGGUCUGUGUCAUGUGCAUACCUCUCACUGUCACCUACACACUGAUGGACCACUGGGUAUUUGGGGAGCUCAUGUGUAAACUCACCUCUUAUGUGCAAAGCGUCUCCAUCUCCGUCUCCAUAUUCUCCCUCGUCUUAAUCGCUGUCGAGAGACAUCAGCUGAUCGUCAAGCCCCGGGGCUGGAAGCCUGGGGUCCCUCAUGCCUACUGGGGUGUCACGUUUGUUUGGUUCCUCUCCUUCCUGCUGUCUGUGCCCCUCUUCCUGGCCUACCACCUCACCGAGGAGCCCUUUCUCAACCUCUCUCUCCCUGCUGACCUGUACGGCCACCGGGUAGCCUGUGUGGAGACCUGGCCUUCGAGAACCAACCAGCUCCUCUUUUCCACCUCUUUAUUUCUACUCCAGUAUUUCGUACCCCUGGGCUUCAUCCUUGUCUGCUACCUGAAGAUUGUUCUAUAUCUCCGCAGGAGAAAUAGGAAGGCAGGCAGGAGGAAGGAGAAGGAGAGCCGGUUCAGUGAGAGCAAGCGGGUCAACACCACGUUGGUGGCCAUUGUGGCCGCCUUUGGGGCCUGCUGGCUGCCAUUGAAUGUGUUCAACAUCAUCUUCGACUGGCAUCACGAGGUGCUGAUGAGCUGCCACCACGACCUGGUGUUUAUAACUUGCCACUUCGUCGCUAUGGUUUCUACAUGCAUAAACCCUCUCUUCUAUGGCUUUCUAAACAGAAACUUCCAGAAGGACCUGAUGGUGCUUCUUCACUACUGUUGCUGCUUUCCACCCCAGGAGAGAUAUGAGAACAUUGUCGCCUGCAGUCUGCAUACAGAUGAGUCCAAGGGUUCACUACGGCUGGCUCACCUACCAACCAGUAUAUAA